AAAAACUUUGGCUCGCACACACAAAUGAGGAGAGAGUUGAAGUUGGAACGAUUAGGAUUGUUGAGAGAACCACUCACGUUGCAAACAUGGUUGAGAAGUUUAUUGGGACUUGGAAAAUGAUUUCCAGCGAGAACUUCGAUGAUUACAUGAAGGCUAUAGGUGUUGGAUUUGCCACCCGACAGGUGGGAAAUCGGACCAAGCCCAAUCUGAUUUUGAGCAUAGAAGACCAAGGUGUUAUUUGUAUGAAGUCCCAGAGCACCUUCAAAACGACUGAGAUUAAAUUCAAACUCAACGAGCCAUUCGAGGAGACUACUGCGGACGACAGAAAAACAACGACUGUUAUGACUAUUGAAGAUGGCAAACUUGUGCAAAAACAAAGCUGGGAUGGCAAAGAGACUAACAUUGAGAGGGAGGUGACAGAUGGAAAAUUGAUAGCGAAAUGCUGCAUGGGAGAUGUGGUGGCAGUGAGGACAUAUGUGAAGGAGGCAUGAUGGGGUCACCACCUGUCUUCGGCUGGAUUGGCAGACGACCGGCUCAGUUCAAUGAGCAGACAAGCUAAUGCGACAGCGUGUAUUGCCCUUGUUCUUCAUUGUGUUGCCAAAGCAAAUUUAUAUUCUGUACUCCAAUAUGAUACAUUUGGUUCUAAACAUUGUGGUGAUUUUAAUAAACAUCCUAAAAAGAA